AUGUCCAACUAUAUCAAGAUCACUGACGUCGAAUUGACAGAUCGGCCAUCAGGAGGAGCGCCGAGGCAGGCUCAAAAGUUGGCUCGUAACGGUGCUGCUCCCGGAGCCUCGGCAAGUAGUGAACCGCAAUUCACCCACGAAGUCAGAACGAAGAGAUGGUGGUCAAGGAUGGGCAAAAAAGGCUGGCUGAUCCUAGCGCUAGGGAUGGUUGUGAUAAUCAUCUCGUGUACGGCCCUCGCGCUUCUGUGGAACGGUGCUGUGAUCGCGGCGUCCGGGAAAGAGCCGACAGAAUUAUGGAAAGCUGUAGUUUUCAACGACUGGGCUCCAACCGUCAUUACAAUAUGUUCAGCUGCUAUCCGGACUUCGAUGAUGUUGCAAGUUGGACUCAUCACAGCGGCAAUAUCAGCCCUGAUGCUCGAGAGUUCGCGAGUAUCUCUCGCUGACGCUGCGGUGGUGUCGAUCGAGAGAGCAGCUAGCACUGGGCCAUUUGCCAUCUUCUUUCCGGCGGCAAGGCAAGGCAACAACCUGCCCGGGCUAUAUCAUCUUCUUUUUGUGAUUGCAGCCUUAGGAAUAAUGGUGACCUCGACCUUCUUCUCGACCAUUCUUCUCUCCGACUUCCGAACUCUGUCGAUAUCAGGGCCAGCAACGAACAUUACAGUCUCUGUAGCGUUCAGGAACGACGGUACCGAGCGACGCGGAAGCGGUGUAUCACUUUUCAAAUCUAGCCCAGCCACGUAUUGGAGGUACGGGGAAUGGGACGAUGGCGGAGCUCUAUCCGGCCCUGACAUUGUCGAUACUGGCAACGUCUAUCGCGCCCUUCUGCCAUCAAUGAACGCCACGGCAAGAACAACACUCGAAUACUAUAACGGGCCUGUUAUCAUCGCCAACUCUAGAACCUUUUGCUCUGCUCCUGAUUUCGAAACCUUGGAGGUUUAUAAUACUGACUCCGAUGACCUAUUUGGAGUCAAAGUGGAUGCAUCGAUACCCAUCGGGAAGCAUCUCGAAGGAGAUACUUAUAAGGACGCGGUCUUCCAGAUGCGUUUCGACUGUCGCCUUGCGCGCAUCGGAGGUCACUACGAGGACAAAAGUCGAAAACCAAUCUACGACAGCGACCUAUGGCCACUAACAUUUUGUCCGGGUCGAACUUGGGAUGGCGACGGCUUCAAAGGUCUUUCAGAACCAGUGAAGGGCACAGAGUACAUGUUCCAUGGCAUCCUUGUUGUCAACUCCAGCCAAACCAUUUAUGAGCAAUCUGUCGACGUGGACAACCUGUCCCCUGUUCAUGAAAAAGGCGGGGUUUGGACGUCCAUCAAGGACAACUCCAGCUUUCCGCUCUUCAACGCUAGCCUCUGCUUCACGAAUGUCGCAGAGCCUGCCGUCUAUAACGCAACCAUGCGCGGGCAACCAAUCUUGCAAGAACCCGAGUUCAACUGGAACAGCAUCAAAUGGAACACCAGCUCCAUCCGCCGCCAGUUGGGCAUCCCAAGACACGCAGCCCGUAGCUCCACAGCCCUCUUCACAGAGCGCGGCAUCAUGCAACUCAUAUCUUUUACUCUUUCCUCGGAAAAAAAGCUUUGGUGGACAGUCAGCGCUCACGGCGUGCUGAUGGAGUCCCUCAGCGCAGCUCUGGAGACACGGGGUUGGAACAUGUUGAACGGCGCCUACCUGGGCGAGACUUGGGGCACGAGAAGCCCGGAGCACGAGCAGGAGCAAUGGACGCCUCACUCAGCGCACGUUGCGCUGUUCCAGGACAUCCUGCAGACGACUGGGGAUCUGUCGCGGGCGGUCCAGGCGAUGGUCGCGCGCUUACAUCAAAUGGCGUACUACGAGUCUGAGAACGGAUAA